UGGCGCGGGCAUUUGGAAAGCAGAGAAAAAAAGCAAUCGAUAAACAGUAACCAAUCAGACCCUAGACCCAGGACCCCUGUCGCACAUUGUCCAGCUGUCGCGCGUCAUAAGGCUGAGUGGUCGGUCACGGCCCCCCUCUACGAGAGGUGUUUGCGCCUUUACCAGCUACGACACCAUUACCAAACACCAGCAACCCGCUACCGCCCAUCGCGCAUUUUACGAAACCCUUCAAACCAAAAUGGCAGAACCUCGAGGCGCGGCCGCUCGUCUGCGGCGCACCUUCCACUAUCCCACCGACGAGGACUCGGCAGACUCCCAGCCAGAAGCCAUGGACGAAGAGGAACAAGAAACCCUCAUCCGCCGCCUCGCAGAAGACAACGCAGCCCGCAACGCCCAAUUCGCAACCGCCCUCCUCGCCCUCCCCCUCCUAACAACGAUCCCCUACCUCUUCAACCUAGCCCGCCUCUCCGCCCCGCUCACCUCUCUCCUCUCUUUGACGUCCCUCCUCUCGACCGCCUACCUCCUCCACACCCAACCCCCAGGCGCGACAGGAAUCCCCUGGCUCGACGCUUGGUCCCGACCAAAGACCCCGCGCCCCAGCCCGGCCUCCUCGCUCGAGUCCUCGACCUCGUCCGUCUCCGGCGGUCCGUCGUCCUACCAGCCCGUCCAAACGACGCAGAGGAGACGCAGGCGGAGCUCCUUCUCCUUCGCCGAGGAGCAAAAGGGUCCUUUGGAGCUGUAUCUGCCGUACCUCAACCUCGGGCUCUGUGGGAUGCUCAUCCUGGCGGGGUUGGCGACGAAGUCGAGCGACAAGGCUUCGUUUGGCCACGUGGGGCUGGGGAACCUGCCUGCUAUAGUGUACUUAGUUGUUCUGAUCGCAAAGGUGGUCAUGGGCAGCGUCGAUCCGGAAAAGGAGUUGGCCGCGCUGAAGUAUGGUUUCAAGGGCGCGUAAGGAUCAUGACUUGAAAAGAAAAGUAGCUACGUGGCGGCGGGGAUGUGUAUUGUUCUAUUGUUUUACUACGAAUACCACGGGACGGAAGGAGUUAGCUUUACGACUUAUGCUGGAAUGACGACGUAACUAUUAUGCAGCGAGCGCAAAAGAAGGAUUGUCCAGAGGUCGGGCUACCACAAAUCGAGUUUGAUCGGGAUUGAAAAAAGAUGCAAGCACAAGUCUAUUAACUUUUACUGAC